GGAGUAUCGCCAUUAUCGCCGAAGCUGCCGUAAGAGCCUGUGGAGGCUAAAAGCCCGCUGGCCACACCAUGAGAUUCCUCUCCCGGUUGAUCCUGAUAGUUCUGCUCGUCUUCCCCACCGCGCUGCUGCUUGGGGAUGGCCCCAGAGGGUCAAUAGCUAUGGCCCAGGAUGCUACAGAGGAUGAAGAAGCAUUAGAAGAUACAAUAGUUGAAGAUGAAGAUGAUGAAGCAGAAAUAGAAGAAGAUGAAACCACAGAUUUGGCAGAAGAAAAAGAAGAAGAUCUCUCUGGUGAACCUGAAGCCUCCCCAAGUGCAGACACAACUAUCUUAUUUGUGAAAGGAGAAGAUUUCCCAGCAAAUAAUAUUGUGAAGUUCCUGGUAGGCUUUACAAACAAGGGUACAGAAGACUUUAUUGUUGAAUCCCUAGAUGCUUCAUUCCGCUAUCCUCAGGAUUACCAAUUUUAUAUCCAGAAUUUCACAGCUCUUCCUCUGAACACCAUAGUGCCACCCCAGAGGCAGGCAACAUUUGAAUACUCUUUCAUUCCUGCAGAGCCCAUGGGUGGGCGUCCAUUUGGUCUAGUCAUCAAUCUGAACUACAAAGAUUUAAAUGGCAACGUGUUCCAAGAUGCUGUCUUCAAUCAAACAGUUACAAUUAUUGAAAGAGAAGAUGGUUUGGAUGGAGAAACGAUCUUUAUGUACAUGUUUCUUGCUGGACUUGGGCUACUAGUCGUUGUUGGGCUUCAUCAACUUUUAGAAUCUAGGAAGAGAAAAAGGCCAGCCCAGAAAGUAGAAAUGGGUACAUCGAACCAAAAUGAUGUUGAUAUGAGUUGGAUUCCCCAAGAGACUUUGAAUCAAAUCAAUAAAGCUUCUCCAAGGAGGUUGCCCCGGAAACGGGCACAGAAGAGAUCGGUGGGAUCUGAUGAGUAAAUGUUCAUUUGUGCAACAAUUCAGUCUUUACUAAACCUGCCCUAACAUUUUUUGGCCUGAUGGGAAUUAGUGCAGAGAAGCCAUAUCAACAUAUGAGGAAACUACUACUUCUGUUUGGACUGAGUAAUCAGAGCUGUGGCGAUAAUAUUGCUGAAAAUGCACUGCAUAUGUUUUUUCUAAAGUAACAAAUUUGGGUUUUUUUAAACCAUUAAAAAUUGUGUGUGUGCGUGUGUGUGUGUAAGCAGUUGGUCUUACCAGAAUCAUUGUUGUACUACCUGAAAUGUGCCUUUAGAGUGCUAAAUGUAAUGCCGGCAUGUCUGUAUCCCACUGAAAAUUUGUGGUGUGUUUGUUUUUUCUUUUCCAGAAAAUGUAGUGAAUAAUUGUCUAAUCUGAUUGUAUAAGAAAUUUCUCAUUUUUACUAUCAUGCCUUGAAUAGUACAGGAGAAAAUAAUUUAGCUACUCUGUUCCUCAGAAUAGCUUCUCAUUCAGCAGUGAUGGCACAAAUUCUCUGGGUAUUUUUUUUUAUAUCUGCAACUAGUAUUCUAAAGGCACAAGCAGGAGUAGCUGCUUUUAGCAAUAGUGUUUUGUUUUGGUAUUUUGCUGCUGUUUACUAUAAUACGCACAUUGGAAGAUCUUUCUUAUACUGAUCAAAGAACCCAGAUGAAUUUAUAUCAAUCUGAGAUCUAGCAGCAAAAUUGUGAAGCAUGAGACUAUGUGCUGAACUUGAUAUAUAAAUUCCAACUCUUCAUAUCCUUCUUCCUCUCUCUCUCUUUUUUUUUUUUUUUUUUUUUUUUUUUUUUUUUUUUUUAACAAAAAGAAAAUAGCACACUUGUGUGAGCUAAAUUAUUGUGUUGUGUGUCAUUGUUCUGUUGUGUCUGAUCCAAAUGGUGGCUUUGGAAUGAUUUUAGACCUAUUCAAUAUUUAUAAAUCAGUGAUUUUUUUUCCUCCUUUCCCCUUAAUGGAAACUACCAUGGCUAGAAAUUUCAUUAUUCUUCAUUGAAUAGAAGAAAUAGAACCUCUGCAGACUCUACAUAAAGUGGGGACUCAAAACUAUAGGGCACAGAUUAAAAAUGUGUUCCAAAUUUUAAUUUCUGAAGAGCUGAAAAGGACCUUAUAUAGCAUCUAGGCUAUCCCUCUCAUUUUACAGAUGAGAAAACUGAGGCCCAGACAAAGUAAUCUGUAUUAAUACCAAUAAGUUGAAUUUAUAUAUAUAUGUAUUCAUAUUAUAUAUUCUAUAGGUAGAUAUAGUAAUUGGUUGAUUUAUUUUUUCCUAAAUUGUUUAAUUUUCCCCUAACUGUAAGUAGUUUUUGUGAGUAUUUUUUAAGUUUGCAUGUGACUUUUUUAAAAAAGUAAAUCUGUUUUAGAUAAUAGAAAUCAAAAUAUUUAAGAAUUGAACUUCUAGAUUUUUCUUUGAGCUUUUAUAUUAUUUUACUUUUCCCCCUCCUCUUUUUCUGCAGCUUUCUACAUGUAUCAGGCACAGUUGUUGUAUGUUUAAGAGUUCUGGUGUGAAGAUGACUGAUGUUUAGAGGGUUGUUGUCAUUGAGACCUGUAAUGAAAUUGAUAUUUUUGUUAGACUUAGACUUCAGUAAAGGAAUAACUUUUAAAAGGCUUUUUUCCAUGCCAUGAAGCUAUUUUCUCCUACAGGUCUUUGAAAAGUAGAAGAUGAGGUUUUCGCAGCUAAAGUUUACUUUAGCUUUUUGCCUUUAACUUUCUUCCUUUUAGUCCCCCUACCUCUUUUGAAAUCUGCAAUUAACCUGCCAAGAAUGAACAUCUGAGCCAAUGACAUUUGAAUAAUACAUAUAGCAGGUUGAAGCAGGAACUGAGGUUCCUGAAUACCUGUAUUGGUGGUGUUGUAUUAUAAACAUCCCAUUCCUAAAAUUCAAAGAGAUUGGGCUGUUAUCUUGGUGUGGAAGACCAAUAGUUUAUUUUAAAACUAUGGUACUUAACUAUAAAAAAAGAGACAUAGCUUGGUUUUCAACAAGCAAUAUCAGUGAAUACUUAGCAAGAACUAACUGUACAAUAAAUGGAAUUAAAUUCCACACAUGGUAUUUUCAAGCACACUUAAUAACAAGUAGCCUGUUUUUAAAAUAACUUUUAAAAAUGUAAAUAUCUGGAUGGGUUUUGUUUUUGAUAUAUCUACUUAAUAUUGCAAACCAUCAUUUGAGACCCAAGUGUUGAAUGUGGGUAAUGAUAGCUUUUUAAAAUCUUGGUUUCACACAUCUAUAAAAUGGGAUUAAGGAAUUGCCCCUUCCCUAUCCCCUAGGGAUGUGAGGAUUAAUGUGUCUGUAAAGCACAAGUUCUCCUUGGAAUAUAUGUUUGUCAUUUUAUUAUGCAUUUCUUAAGCAAUGUGAUUUUCUAAGGAGUUUGCCCCAAUCUGUUGACCAGGGAAGAGAAAGAAAAAUAGUUUUUAAGAGAAUUGAAGGCCAAAAAAAGAUUAAGGAAUAGAAUUAAAAACCACUGUAGCAGAAGGAAAAUAAAAGAAACUUACCUCAUAAGAAAAUUUCAAAAUAAUUGACUUUGGGAAGGGGAAGUAUAUUUCAAUAUUAAGGGGGAAAUGUUUUGAAACAAUGCCUAAAAAAUAAAUUAAAUGAGAAAGUUUUUGCAAUGACUUUAGUGUCACAAAAAGGAUUUACACUCACCCUCAUUGC